UUUACUUUGACAUUUGACAGAAGCGCUGACAAGUCCAAGUGACAAUUUUGCCAAAUCCAAAAAUCCAUUCCAUAAUCAAUUUCCAAUUAUAUUUCUCUGGCAAAAUCCAAACCAAAAAAUGUCUGCAGUGUUAAACCACGCAAUAAGAAGGUUCAUUCAAACCUCCGCCCAAAGGGCGGCUCAAGUCCAGGGCCCUUCCGCCCAAUCCGGACUGCACGAAGGAGCAUACAAAACCUGGAAAAAUCUUUCCUUUUUCGCCGCUGUACCGGCUAUCCUUUUGUGCGCCGCUAACUGUUACAUGACCCAUAUGGAGCAUGCCAAACAUCCACACGAAAAGCAUUUUACCAAGUACGAAUACUUGGUUGUGCGUACCAAGAAAUUUCCAUGGGGAGAUGGUAAUCACAGUGUUUUCCAUAACCCUGAAGUUAACGCUCUUCCUGAUGGUUUUGAGGCCUAAGCAAGAUCUAUAUAAGUUUGUAGUUUAAAUACUUAAAUUGUUUUUAUUUAUAAUAAUUCAUAAUAAAUUGGUUAAUUAGCUGACAACAAAGGUUGCUUUUUGUCAACCACAAUUUGCAAUUAGGUAUUCUGCUUUUCCAACAAUUUUUACUGUUCUUUGUGCCAAGGAUAGAUGGAUUCAUAGCCUUAUAUCGUGACACAUUUUCGUCUCUCUAGCUUGUCACAACUUGAAAUUUUACUUCUUGUGCAUGUGAAACUUUUUCACAAAAGUGAAACAUCUAUUUUUUCCAAUGAAUGGAAUGGAAGCAAUGACUUAAAAGUUGAGAAAAAAAAAACACCUAUAACUUUCAAGGACAUGGGCAACAUUGUAUAUUGAAAAUGCAAAACUAAUAAAGAAUUUUAUGUAUAAUAUAUUAUUAUUUCAACAAUUUAAUAAAAUAUUUAUAAAUCUAAAUCAAAAAAAAAAAAAAACUACUUAAUCCUAUAUAAACUCAAACAAGAAAAAAAGUUCACAAAGAAGCUUAAAAUAAAUCACUUCUAGCUCAGAGGUCUUGCGACUGUCCACUAAAACUACACCACUCUAAAAAAAAAACACGAAAUUCCGCUUCUGGUGUGGGGAAGUAGGCCGGAAGUCGCACUUACCGCUUCUUCUGUGUGGGUCACCGCGUCCCCCCUUUACGAAAUCAAAGAACAACCUGAAUUUAUCGAUUUUCAAAGUAGCUGAAGAGGAUGCACCGAACGCGCACGAACAAAUACGGCGAAUACGACUUAGGAUGACUUAAGUAGUUGGGUACUUGUGGGACGUCACAUGUGGUACCACUUCCUAAUGAAGUACUUUACUUUUUUAGUUGGAGAUGAUUGAAAUUUGUAUGAUAGAGAAGUACUUAGUAAAAACUUAAACAUUUAGUAUUGAUUGUUAUCACAGUUUCAAAUAAAUCGGCUUCGUAAUAAAUAAAGUACGCACUUUUUGAACUCUCGUUGAACUUAUACUAAACUAAAAAACUGUAAAAAUCCAAUUCCAGGCUCUCUUGGAUUGAAAUUUUUAUGAUAGAGAAAUACCUAGUAGAAUCUUGAUUCUGAUUGUUAUAGAAAAUUCUGAUUUAAAAAACUUUAUCUCGAGAUAUUUAACGAACUUUAAAUUGCUUCUUGUGAUUAGUUUGAACUAAAGGAUUCAUAAUAAAGUAGGUACGCUCUUCUUGAACUCUUGUUGAACUAAAACUGAACUAGAGCGUUUAAAUUCAAUUCCAAGUUCUCCUUUAGAGCUAAAGUUUGACUUAUAGAUGCAUGAAAAUCCUAUUCUCGGUUCUACUAGAGCUGAAACUGAACUAGUUAAAGACUCUUAUUAUUCGAGGAACCUAGUAACUCAAUAUUUGACAGACUAAAUCUUAAGACUUCAAGUAUUCAUAUGAUCAAAGACUAAACACUUCAAUUAACAUUAUAAAGUUUAGUUGCAAUGCGGACUUUGAAGCAUCUAAAGACUUUGAGAUAUCUUUGAAACUAAGAUUAUUCUAGACACAAAAAUGAAGUCCCGAAACUUUAAAGUUUCAGGAUUCUUGAUGAGUCAGACUUAGACACAUAUAUGAAGAAGAAUUUCGCAGCAUAUCAAUAGUAUCCAAUGGCAUUGAAAACUCCUACAGAAAAAUACCUAUAAUUGGUUUACUGAUUAGGCUGUUUUAAGAAAGAUUGAGUCUCAUUUCGACUCAAUGAUCAACGACGCAAUAAUUUUGGACUUGUGUGCAAAAUAAAUUCAAAAACUUAACUUGUCAGGUUAAUAAUUUCAUUGUUCAUUCUUGAUUCUUUGAAUACCAUUUUGCUUUCAUUUCAUCUUAAUGAAGUAGGUAUAGGUACCCAUAGCACAUGACUUAAACUUUCUUCGACCCAAUAAAGUAAUUAUGCAAAUAUUAAUUUUUCUUGCUACUUUAUUCAAUUCUAACAUAGAAAGUGAAGAUUUAAAGACAAUUGUUCUACAGUCAUUAAGACAAUGAGACUUUAAAUUCCACUCAUGAAUCAUUGUUCGGUCAGGAAUAUCAAUUAAAAACUAAACGAUUUCUCUUGGGCUAAAUUCCACUGAAAAUUUAUUCAGCAGAGCUGUAACAAUCAUAUUUCGAAAAAUUAAACGAAUUUGCCAUAAUGUACCAUGAUGGAGUGUGACCGCGGAUGGCCUACAGAAAGAAGCGCGUUGACCCACAAAACAUCCAAGUCAAUGAAUUUGUUUUUUUAUUAAUGCACGGAUGGGCUUAACCUGCUAACCACACGAUUAACUUCUACCAAGGACGAUUGGCUUUUUCUUUUUGGGAAGAAAAAGAAAGUGGAUUUCAUUGAUUUGUGAUGAUAUUUUAGAUCGAAAACAUUGCACCAUCCCAAGAAUUGCGACU